AUGGAUAAAUUAUAUUAUGUCAGUACGGUUGAAAAAACAUCUCCUCCACCAAAAAUCAGAAAGGAUGAUAGAGAAUUAUUUGAAUUGUGUUCAACAUCAACGUCUAGUACACAUCAAGAUCAGGUAAAUGCUAGCUUACAGCAAAUGCAUAAUGCUAAUGAUGUAGGUUUAUUCAUUAAUCGUAGUUUGUCGGAUUGUGAAAAAAACAUAGUAUUAACUGAUCUAUGGGUACCACCAGAAAAUUAUAAGUUUCCACUAUUAGAUUUAUGGAAAAAAAGAGGUCUACGAUUCCAGUACAAAUGGUUGAAAGUGUUUCCAUGGCUAUCCUAUUCUGAAAAAUUUGAUGGGGCUUUUUGUAAGCACUGUGUGGUUUUUGCUUUUGCUGGUGGUAUUGGCUCACAACGCUUAGGCAGUCUUGUUUCAACACCAUUUCAAAAUUGGAAGAAAGCUACAGAAGUUUUAUCGGAUCAUAAUAAUUUAGAAUAUCACAAAACCUCUAUUUUGAAAUCAGAACAUUUUUUAAAUAUUUUUUCAAACAAUGCACCUUCAAUAAUUGAUAAAUUGGACGAUGAAAGGAUCAAACAGAAGAAGCAAAACAGGUUGAAAUUAAUUCCAAUCAUAGAAUGUAUUAUCCUUUGUGGAAGACAGGAGAUUUCACUCCGUGGACAUAGAGAUUUUGGCUCAAUCAAGUUUAAUAAUGAGUCUGACGGUAAUAAUUCUAAUUUGAAUGAAGCCAAUGAAGGUAAUUUUCGAGCUAUUUUAAAAUAUAAAGCCAAAGACAUAGAUUAUUUAAAAAAUCAUCUAGAAUCUGAGUCUCGAAACAAAUACAUCAGUCCUCAGAUACAAAAUGAAAUUAUUACCAUAUGUGGUGACCUGAUACUAAGUAAACUAGUAAAGAUGGUAAAUUCAGCUCAGUGUUUUUCUGUGUUAGCUGAUGAGACAGCAGAUGUGUCAGUUAAGGAACAGCUUACCCUGUGUGUUCGUUUUGUUAAUGGUACUGGAGAAAAUGCUAAGUUAUGUGAGUUUUUUUUGAAGUAUGUUGAAGUACAUAACUUAACUGGUCAGCAUUUGGCUUCGACUAUUCUUGAAGGUUUAAAUUCUUGUGGAAUUGACUGCUCUAAAAUGUAUGGCCAAGGUUAUGACGGCGCAAGUAAUAUGUCAGGGAAAUUUAAAGGAGUACAGACUAUAAUACGAAAUAAGUAUCCUAGAGCAUUAUAUGUUCACUGUGCUGCUCAUACAUUGAAUUUGGCAGUGUCUUCAUCGUGUGAACAACAAUCUAUUAGGAACUGUUUGGGUGUAAUAGAAAAAAUGCAUUGUUUUUUUAACACACCUAAACGUCACAGUAUACUAUUGGAAGCUAUUGCUAAUAGUGAUCUUAAUCCAUCAUCUAAAUCAUUAAAGCGUUUGUGUGCGACACGUUGGGUAGAGAGGUAUACUGCUGUCAAUGAUUUUGUUGAACUUUUUCCAUGUGUUGUUGAAGCAUUGGACAAAAUAUCAACCACGUUUAAUGAUAAAUCAUCAACUGACGCCAGUAUGUUGGUAAAAUCCAUGGAUUCCGAGUUUUUAAUUGCUCUUCAAAUUUUUAAGGUAAUCAAACAAUAUAUUUGA